AUGCCCACCAUGUAUCUCUACGCCCUCGGCAGCCUCACCCUCCUUUACUUGGCAAUCCUCUCAAUCUACCGGCUCUACCUGCACCCCCUCUCGAGUUUCCCGGGCCCCCGCCUCCGCGCCAUCAGCUCCCUCCCCUCAAUAGCCUCCCUCCUCCGCGGCCGGCUCGGCUUCGACACCAAAACCCUCCACGACAAAUACGGCCCCGUCGUGCGCGUCUCCCCAAAUGAACUCGCCUUCAACUCCGCGCAAGCGUGGGAAGACAUCUACGGCUUCAAGACGCACGGCCGCGCAAACAUGCACAAGGACCCAAUCCACGUCGGCUCCGUCGACCCGCUCCCGCACGCGUCGACGCUGACAAUGGCCGACGACGCGAACCACGCGAGGCAGCGACGCGCCCUGGCGCAUUCGUUCUCGGAGAGGGCGCUCAAGGACCAGGAGUACAUCAUCCAGCAUUACGUCGACAUCCUCAUCGCGAAACUCAGCGGGCUCGCGGCAAAGGGCGAAGAGUUCAACCUGGUAAACUGGCUCAACUUCACAACCUUUGACGUCAUCGGCGACCUGGCCUUUGGCGAGCCCUUUGGGUGUCUGGACCUCGGGGCAUUUCACUCGUGGGUCGCACUUAUUUACCAGACGGUGAAGGUUGGGGCGCUAGAACAAGCGACGCGCCGCUUUGCGCCCGCCGGCUCGUUCACGCAGCGCGUCCUGCUCCACUGUAUACCGGAUUACCUGCGGCACCGCCGCCGGGAACACCUCCGGCUCAGCAAGGAGAAGGUUGAGCAGCGGCUGCGGAACGGACAGGGGGAGCACAAGGAUUUUAUAUACUAUAUCCUGCGGCAGCGCGAGAAGUACGAUUUGCACGAUAACGAGAUUAUCUUGAACAGUGCGCUGUUUAUCGUCGCGGGGAGCGAGACGACGGCGAAUUUGCUGUCUGGGUUGUUUGCGCGGUUGCUCAGGCAUGGGGAUAAGAUGGUCAAGUUGCAGGAGGAGGUGAGAGCGGCUUUCGCGUCUGAGAGGGAGAUUACAUACGCUCGUGCUGGGACAGCGGACCUGCCGUAUCUAAACGCCUGUCUCGAAGAGGGCCUACGCAUCCACCCGCCCCUCCCAAUCGGCCUCCUCCGCACCGUCCCAGCCGCCGGCGACACAAUCGACGGCCACUGGGUCCCUGGCGGAACAUCCGUCUCCGUGGGCGGGUGGGCAGCCUCACAUAACCCAUUCAACUUUGUGGACUGCGACUCGUUCAUCCCCGAGCGGUGGCUCGCCGGUACUGAGCAAUCCAAGCCCUACGCAGCCGACAUCAAAACAGGGAUGCAGCCGUUCUCGCUGGGACCAAGGGGCUGUAUUGGGAAGAACCUGUCGUACAUGGAGAUGCGGGUGAUUUUGGCGCGGCUGGUGUGGAACUUUGAGUUUGUGAGUACGGAUGGUGCGUGGCAGUGGGAUCCGGCUGGGGAGAUGAGGUUCAUGAAGGCGUAUACGACGUGGCAGAAGCCAGAUUUGAAUGUUAGGGUUGUGAAGGUGAAGAGGGAGGGGAUUGAUGGGAACUGCGGGAGGGUGGACAGGGGGUAUGUGGUCAGGUCGCAGGCGGAGAGGAUGAAGGAUUGA